AUGACAGAGGAGGAAGACUACGAGGCGUCGAAACGAGCCGAGGCGGAAGCCCGUCGAAAGCGCAUCAUGGAAAAGUCAAAGGACCGAAUGAGCAAGGUGUCGGGUCUUCAGACCGAGGAAGGGGACGCCGAGGAGACCACCAAGACCAGUGCUAGUAGUUCGGCUAGGAUGCAAGCAGCUCGACGUCGUCGCUUCAAAAAGGGCAAAGCCAAGACGGAAGAAUCGGUUGCGGAGAAGACGGAAGAAGGAGAAACUGCCACGGAAACGAAAACAGAGGAAAAGCCUGCUGAGGACAAGGCGCCCACGGUAGUAGAAGAGGAAAAGCCCUCUGCUGAGGCAGCCACGGCAGAAGAGCCAGCCAAGGAGGAAGCGAAAGCUGCGGAAUCAGCAGAAACUACAAAUCCCACCACAACCGAAGCCAAAGCAGAAGAGCCUGCCAAGGACGAGACGACAACCACAACACCUGCUGCUGAGGAGCCAGCAUCUGCCACAAACGAGCCCAAAAAGAAGUACAAAGGAGUGGCCAAAAUGCGUCGCGAAAAAAUGCUCCAAAAGAAAAAGGAUGAAGCUGCCAAGGCUGCCGAGGAAGAAGCAAAGGUUUUAGAGUCGCCUGCCGUACAAGCCCGUCUAAAGAAGCGCCUCAAACAGCCUUUGCUUCCCAUUGUCAUGUACAUUUUCACAUCCUUCUUGUUAUUUUUGGCUGGCUUGGAUGUGGGACUCCAGCAUGCCAAUCCUGACUACACUUUGGUGAACCGAGAAUUUGCACCUCAAAGUUUCAAUUUGCAGAAAUUGAAUCCGUGGUCAUCUACUUCCAGUGGUCCCAGUAAGGAUCUUGGCAGUGAUGGGGAUGAUGCCUACACCCGUGAUUUGGCAGAGGACGAAUUUGGGACGCUAGACGAAGAGGACACUGAGUACAUUCCCAACAUUGAUCCUCUCUUUCAAGUGGAUCUGGACGAGCUUACCAGAGGACCUGGUUUAUUCAAUCAGCUGGGUCGUGGUGCCGUGAAAAUUCAUCGAACGAUCCUCUACGUCUUGUGGGAGAUGCCAUUGCAGAUGCUCGCCAUGCCAGCGCGGCUCUUUGGAUAUCCUCCCGUCAUGUGCCUGUCGGCUCUCACCAUACGACAAUUGAUUGCGAGGGUCAUCUUGGGAUCGAAACUUCCGAAUUCGAUUGAAGAAGAUGUGCGCAAUGCCAAAGGAGAAAUGACAGAUGUCUUGACCAUGAUCAAGAACGCAGUCAAGAACACCCUGUCAGGAUUAUUCCCCACUGCGAUUAGUGCCUACGAAAUCUUCCAGCAGUUGAAAGUGGAUAUGUACGUGAUACUCUUCGGCGUCUUUGUCGGUCUUUUGUACUCCUCCUGGAUACCUCCACCAGGGCUACCAUCCGAACUGGAAGAGGAAGUUCCAGCGAUGGAGCCAGAUCCCGGCAUCAUGGAGGAGGAAGUCCCUGCGGAGCCAGAUCCUUCCGUCGUGGAGGAGGUUAUGGCCGCGGCCGAGGAAGUCGUUCAGGAUGUCAUGGCUGAGGCUAAGGAAGUCGUUCAGGAAACAAUGGCUGAGGAAAUCCUGCAGGAUGGCAUUGCCGACGAACUCUAA